CUUGCCCAUGAUUGACAAGGCCAUCGAGGAGAAGCCCGAUGCCAAGUGGUACGUCUUCAUCGAAGCAGACACCUACUUGGGCUGGAACAACCUGCUCGAAUUCCUUUCCAAUUUCGACGACAGCAAGCCAUACUACGUUGGCAAACAUCUCUACAUUAACGAGGUCGAAUUCGCGUAUGGCGGUGCCGGCUUCGCUCUCUCCAACCCGGCCAUCAUGAAGGUUUCCGCACAGCGUUCCAAGCACCUCGCCGAAUACGAAGACUUUACCAAGAGUCAUUGGGUCGGAGACUGCGGACUGGGCAAGGUGUUUGAAGACUCCAAAAUUCCACUCUACCGCGCAUUUCCGCACUUGCAAGGCGACUCUCCAGCUACCCUCAACCCAGCCACGUCAAAGAUUGACCGUGACCUUUGGUGCUACCCGACUAUUACCUACCACCACGUCUCACCCGCCGAGAUUGAAGAGCUGUGGGACUUUGAGCAGGACUGGUAUAAGCGACACCAAAUCCUUCUGCGUCAUCGAGACAUCUUCAUGGAGCUUGUUCGCCCCAAGAUUGAUACACUGGUCCUAGGAUGGGACAAUAUGUCUGCGGACAAGGAAUAUAACGCCCACGACCAUUCGGGGUCAACCAAUCAACUGGAAAGAAAUGCAUGGAAAUCAUCUGAGCACUGUCGCGCUCUGUGCGAAGAGCAGACGGACUGCAUGCAAUUCUCAUUUGAUGUGGGGACAUGUGCAAUCUCGACGACAUUCAAGCUAGGCUUUGCAAAGCCGAACGCAAGAAUCAAAAGCGGAUGGAUGCUGGAUCGUGUCGACGAUCUAUUCCGGCAUCUUGAAGACCGCUGCAGCCUGCGAGAUUGGUUUGCGCCCCAGGAAAGCACAUUCAACAGUGAGCUCAAGGCCAAGAGGAAGAGGAAAAUUUAAGGCGCUACCCUAGCUACUGCUAUUAAUCGCUUGUCAGCAUUACUACUCGAGCUAUUUUUGGCAACUUGUCCGAGGCACCUCGGGCAUCAACC